AUGCCGUCCAACUCGAGCCUGAGUGCCGUCGCCGACGACCGAAAGGCGCGCCUCGCCAGCCUGCGCAACCUCAAGCGCAAGCAGCCCGCCGACGAGACCGUCCCUCCGGAAUCGACGCGAUCACCAUCUCCCCCAGGCGAGAAGAAUCAGCCGCAACCGCUACGGAUCUCUGGGCGUAACUAUGACGUCGAGGCCCGCGGGCCCAAGCUGGGCUUCGAGUCUGGGCCCAACGAAGGGCUCGACAAGCCUACACUCGAGGAGCAGGCGGCCCAGAUCGAGGAGGAGUCGCGGAGACGCGCCGAGGAGGAGGCCAAAGACGACAAGGGCAUCGACCUGUUCAAGCUGCAGCCCAAGAAGCCCAACUGGGACCUCAAGAGGGAUCUGGACAAGAAGAUGAAGAUUCUCAACGUCCGCACAGACAACGCCAUCGCGCGUCUGGGGCUGAGGCUCCUCUCCCGCGGCUCUGCUGCCGGCUCCUGCUGCGCCCUCGAGUCAGGCCGUCGGCCAUCCCUCCGUCCCCGACUGCUAGCAGGCGGAUCAACACUGCGCCGAUUGGCAUCCGGAGACCUGGACAGGUGGCGGUGGCGGGGACGAGAGUCCCUGGAUGCUGCAGAGUUGAUGGAAUACCGGCGCCGGCGCCGCGGCAUCCUGUCCGACUCGUCGUCGAUGGGCGACACAGGCUCCCUGCUGCGAUAA